CGCCUCGCCUCGGUGUUGUCGUCCCCACUCCGACUCCGGGCGGUGAGGGUCGGCGCGGAUGUUCAGUCAUGAAGUCGGGGUAGGGACAUCUCCCGGAGCGACGCGGCGGGCGAGCCUGGCAGUGUUCCGGGGGCCGGGCUUCCAGGUGAUUUUACGAGAUGCUGCUCUCCAUAGGGAUGCUCAUGCUGUCGGCCACACAAGUCUACACCAUCCUGACUGUCCAGCUCUUUGCAUUCUUAAACCUCUUGCCUGUAGAAGCAGACAUUUUAGCAUAUAAUUUUGAAAAUGCAUCUCAGACAUUUGAUGAUCUCCCAGCAAGAUUUGGUUAUAGACUUCCAGCUGAAGGUUUAAAGGGUUUUUUGAUUAACUCAAAACCAGAGAAUGCCUGUGAACCCAUAGUGCCUCCACCACUAAAAGACAAUUCAUCCAGCACGUUUAUUGUAUUAAUUAGAAGAUUUGAUUGUAAUUUUGAUAUAAAGGUUUUAAAUGCACAGCGAGCAGGGUACAAAGCAGCCAUAGUUCACAAUGUUGAUUCUGAUGACCUCAUUAGCAUGGGAUCCAACGACAUUGAUGUGUUAAAGAAAAUUGACAUUCCAUCUGUCUUUAUUGGUGAAUCAUCAGCCAAUUCCCUGAAAGACGAAUUCACAUAUGAAAAAGGAGGCCACAUUAUCUUAGUUCCAGAAUUUAGUCUUCCUCUGGAAUACUACCUAAUCCCCUUCCUUAUCAUAGUGGGCAUCUGUCUCAUCUUGAUAGUAAUUUUCAUGAUCACAAAAUUUGUUCAAGAUAGACAUAGAGCUAGAAGAAGCAGACUUCGUAAAGACCAACUUAAGAAACUCCCUAUACAUAAAUUCAAGAAAGGAGAUGAGUAUGAUGUAUGUGCUAUUUGUUUAGAUGAAUAUGAAGAUGGAGACAAGCUCAGAAUCCUCCCCUGUUCCCAUGCUUAUCACUGCAAAUGUGUAGACCCUUGGCUAACUAAAACCAAAAAAACCUGUCCAGUCUGCAAGCAAAAAGUUGUUCCUUCUCAAGGUGAUUCAGACUCUGACACAGACAGUAGUCAAGAAGAAAAUGAAGUGUCAGAACAUACCCCUUUACUGAGACCGUUAGCUGCCGUCAGUGCCCAGUCAUUUGGGGCCUUGUCAGAAUCUCGCUCACAUCAGAACAUGACAGAAUCUUCAGACUAUGAGGAAGAUGACAACGAAGAUACUGACAGUAGUGAUGCAGAAAAUGAGAUUAAUGAACAUAGUGUUGUGGUCCAGUUGCAGCCUAAUGGUGAAUGGGAUUACAACAUAGCAAAUACUGUUUGAUCUUUAGGGGAUGAUUGGUUUAUUUCCCUUUAAAAUGUUUAUUUGGAUAUAUAAUUUCAUUUUUUGCUCCCUUCAGAGAUCUCAUAGAAGUAACUUAUUUUUUAGUAUUCUAGUUUAAUCAGAUUACUGAAACAGACUUUCUGAUCUAGUAGUUACCUUCAGGAAUACAUUUCCAUUUUAUUGACAAGUAAUAACAGAUUGGUGCUGUGACUCAAGCAUCAAAUCAAGCUCUUUUGGGAUGAAAGAUAGCCAAAACACUUAAAAAAAAAAAAAAAACCUUCAAUAUAGCUUACAAUUAAGACAUAGAUCAAAAUAUGCAAAUUUUGUUUUACACAUGAGGUCAGUGCUGUAACCAAUAGCAAAUACUAAGCCAGUUCCCACCUCCAUCAAGUUACCCAGAAUUACUGAGUUGGAGUAUGUUCUGGUUUUUCUCUAAAUUGCCACCGUUGGUGUGAGGCAACAAAGUAUUUUAGCAUUUUGCUUCCUAUCAUUAGCACCCCCAAAGAAACUCAAAGCUGUUGUUUUCCUUCCUUGUAGUCUUGUCCUGAUAGGAAAGGGCUGUAGUAGUGAUUUCAAAAGCUUUUUAUUUUUUAAAGGUUUUGAAUACUAUAGUGUUAUAUAUAAAUUUGAUUCAGCCGUUAAUGUAAUGUCUCUGGACUUUACUCACUGAAUUUCAGUAUCCUUAAGAAUUUUUUUUGUGAUCAAAGCAAAAGAAAAUGCUGCAUAAAAUACCAAACUUUAGCAACUGUUAAUACUCAGAUCAUAUACCUCUUACUAAAGAGCAUCUUAUGCUAGCUAGCCCUGCUAAACUACGUUCACAGGAAACUGUUCAAGUAUUGGAUUUGAAAGUAAGUGCUUAUGUUUAACAGAACUAAUGAUGUACUGAAACAAUGUAUUACGAAUAGCUAAAUUAUAUUAUACAUCAUUGUAACUGUAGAAAAUAUAGACAUGUAUAAUCAAAAUGCUAAGAAUUUUUAUAUGGCCUUGUAUGAAGGGAGUUUGAAUGUUAAUAAACAUGUUUUUCACUUUAAGAACCAGUGUUCUGCUAUAGUAUUACUUACCAUAUUAGUCUUAUUUAUAUGCAUAAUACUAUGGAAGGAUAAUGAUUUAGGUCAGAUAAACACAUAUCACCUUAGAAUUUUAUACAAGAUAACUGCUCACAAUUAGGUUAAUCCUCAAAAAAGCAAAGACUUUGUAACUCAAAUCAUUUCAAAAAUAGUGUAAUUUGUAACCCAAAUCAUUUCAAAAAGUGUAAUUAUGGUACCCUGUUGCAAAUUAUGGUAUAUCUUAAGAACUUUGUAUAUCCUUGUAAGAAUAAAGUAGAUAGGGGACUUCAAAAAGUUCAUGAAAAAUGAAAUUAAAAGAUGUUUAUUUUGGUGCAAAAUGUUUUUGAAAUCUAUGCACAGUAUUUUUAUGAUGUACAUGAACUUUUUGGAGACCCCUUUUGUAUAGCUACAUCUGUAUUGACAUGGGACACUGUUAAUGAAUGAAAGUAUGUUAUACAGUAAUAUGAAUAUCAGAUAUAUGAGCUUUGUUAUAAAAAAAAUUUAAAAACAAGUAUAACACUAUGAGGAGGAACUUUACUCUCUGAAUUACUUUUAAAAAUUUCUUAUACUCAUUAGGAAAAAUACCCAGGUAGUUCCA